UUCCAUUUUAAACGAGGUGUUCUUGAAAUUUGAAUUGAUUGAAAUAAAUAUUUGAAAAAAUGGCCAUGGCUACCAUUAACUUAGAAUUCGAAAUUACCAAGCAAGGCGUUAUAAGUGGGACGAAAAAUUACGUUUGUUCGCAAGAAUACAUCGAGCGGAUAGUCAAAGCAUCGGUUGUUAACAUACUGUUUCACAGAUUACCGAUACCAGAAAAUUUUUUCGUCACGAAAGAAUUCAACUCGAUUUCAUACAAAGCGAUCAAAACUGAAUACAGCGGGACUGGCAUUGCCCAGCUUUAUCGGAAAUGGAUGAAGGGCUUCAAGGAUUCGUUCAGGAAGAAAUACCUCAAGGAAUUCAUCCUGUACUUCUCUGACGAUACACAAGAUAUCAAAGAGAGCUUCAGUUUCAAAUUCGAAUACGAAGAGGGAAUUGCGAAAGAUAAAGCAUGUAAGGAUUUGACCGAACCUACAGAAGCAUUGCUGAAGAGGCUGAACGCCUUGGGAGAAAUUCCCAAACUGCCGAACAACAUCCAGAUGCACGUCGAGUUAUUUUACUACACAGAUGAAACUCCGCUAAAAUACCAACCACCGUUCUUCGAAAUGAAAGAUUACAUCUGCACAUUGAAGAGCAAAAUGCACAAAGGAGACCAGCGUUUCGAAUCUACAUCGCUAACGAGAAUCUGCACAGGCUUCCAUUUUUUCAAUUUUACCUUCAAGAAGAAAGCGAAUGAGAGUCAAUUUCUUCAAGACAGCGAAAGUCAAGGUAAGCUCAAAAGGAAGAGGCGGUUUGCACUGCCUAGUGACGAUGAAGAUCUCGAUUUAUCUCUCAAUGAAAAGGUUGGAAAUAAAAGGGUCAAAUGGAAUAUUACAGAUAGUAAACACUUACAGUCCUUGACUUCUAUCGAUUUGACCAGUAAUGUAUCUAGAGAUGGCGUUUCCUUCAUUGUGGAUUAUUCCGAAGAUAUGUUGAACGAUCAGGACAUAAAUGAUAUAGCAGACGCUGUUGAAUGAGGCGACGAUAGAAAAUAUGUUAAUAAAAUGCUUUUUUGAAAUUUUUAUCAUGUGGUUUCAUAGACUAUUGUUACUGUUUCA